AUGGGUGCGAAAUCACCUCCAUUGCGCGUCCGCCGAAUCCGACCUCCUUCGGCGGAGGCACGAGGAGGAGGCUGGCACGAGACCCCUCCCGGAGUGAUGGUAGUCCGACGCGAUCUUCAGUAUGCGACCGCAAUGGGUGACGGUGCUGAUGUCUCAUUACCUGCUGAUCUACGGGGCGGACUCAAGCAGAUACGACCGGAAGCGGUUCUCCGCUGUGUCACAUUGGUGCCGAAUGAACGAGGCACAUCGUCGGGGCGAACGGACCGUGGUGAUGAAGGGGAGGCGGACACUUCAAGCAAGGCCGACUCGUCGGAUGUCAUGUGCUGCUCAUGUUACCAUGCUGCGGCUCAUCAUCGCCCCCCGCCUGUCACAAUCGCUGGCGAGGGGGGUGUGGCCCAUGAUUCUCAGGUCUUGCGCCGCGGGCCAGGUUCGACUGAGAAGACGAGGGCCAGCAGACAUAUAAGGAGGCGCCUGUUGGACCUCUCAAACCAGCAACCACCACUCGUCUUUCUCUCCACACAGCAAGCCAACUCUAGCCCUCUCCAGUCCCCUUCCCCGUCCCUCCUUGCCCAACCUUAG